AUGAAAUCGAAAACAGUCACAAGAGAACUAAUCCGACAGCGGAGGACACAGCGGAAAAAGGAUAAUUUUGCGGAACAGCGCCCUCAACGAAACGCACCACCACCUAUCGAUCCUGCAGCAUGCAAAUUCGACAGCCUUAAAAGUGCCGAGGCUGAAUACUGUCAAGCCAUGGAAAGAGCUAAGGAAAUCAACGAGUCCUUGGAAAAGGCCAAGGAGAUGAACGAGGACUAUCAGGAGGAAGCUGAGACUGAGAACAGUGAAGUUGUGAAGGCACCUAGCGAGAAAUUCAACGACCUCAAAGAAGCUGAAGAGAAGUACUGUAAUGCUGUGAAGGAGUCGAAUGAGGCGAAAGAAUCCAGCGAUGUGAAUGGGUCAAACCUACCCAAUGAAGCGAUAGGUUUGCAGAAAGACUGCAGAUGCUUCGUUUCCCGUGUUGGCCGUUGGCAAUGCCCUGCAUGUUGUAACAAGAUCGCGAAAACGAGAAGAGGAAGAAAGUGUUAUGGGAAGUAUGGGAAGGCCGUUCAUGAAGCGUACAAGAAUGCAACGUCUCCUAGAAAAUCCCAGGACUCAGACAAAUCGAGCAGCGACGACUCCAGUGACUCAGACUUUGAAACCCUAUCCCAUGAAAGCUUCCAGGAAUGCACAGACAAAAUUUCUCCGGUCGAGAAAGACAGAAAUGAGACAAUUACAACAAACAAUGCUGGAGGCAGCGCUGAUAAUGCGGCUUCUAAUAUGUAUCCAAACAUCAACGUUGAGCAGCAGGAUGACGGUCCAGAAGACCAAGGAAUUGCAUUCCGUAUGAUUGAGAUGGGAUUUUCGGCAGAAGAAGUGUUCCGCGUGGUGAGAAUGCAUGGAAACAACUUUGAGCGCUGCAUUGAGGAAAUUCUCAAGAAGUAA